UAUCAGUAUAGUUUAUUAACUGUUUUGUCUUGCCUACAGGUCCGUGAUGAAAGGAAGAACUGUCUCGACGUUCAAAAGGACGAAAACCUUCAGGAAGAAAAUAUGAAGCUGAAGAAGAUGAUAGAAGAAAAAGAGCAAGAAAUAGCCAGACUCAAGUUGGCCUUGUCUACUCAGCCGAAAAGUUUCAAGUACCCAUAUGCAGUUCCAGGAAGAAUACAGAGAGAAGAGUUGCAAGUAGUUGCAGAAGCUUUAAGCAGUCUCAGACGUUGUUUCCCAGCAAAUGAUCCACGCCAACAUACAAUAGACACUGUUGAUCAGUCACUCGCAGCAUUGCUAGAACGAAUAAAUGCUUUGGAAAUGGCUUCACCAGCAUCACUGGUGUCAAAUACGACAGUCAGAAGACCACAGAAUGAAAGAGAACCAUCUCACUUUUUCUCACCAGCACAACCAGGAGGGCCAGAGGUUCAAAGCGCUGAAGACAAAAACUGUACCAAAGUGGUUUAUUACAUGGACAAGUCCUUAACACCUUUCCGAUCCAUUCUACACAAAAGGAUUGGAGAAGCAACCCUGAGGGACUUCAAACUGUUGUUCGAUAGACCAGGACAAUUUAGGUAUCAUUUCAAGACACUAGAUCCAGAAUUUGGAAUGGUUAAAGAAGAGGUUCUGCAUGAUGAAGAUAUCCUUCCUGGCUGGGAUUCAAAAAUAGUAGCAUGGAUUGAGGAAGACUGCAGCUGAUACACCAUCAACUACGGUAUGAUAAUAAAAGCACAUAAAACUUUAGAAGAAAAUUAGGAAAGCUUCAUAUGUAGAAUCAUUUAUCUUUCUAUUUUAUUAGAAAAAAAUGUUUAAAAAUAUCAAUACGAUGUAUUAACGAAAUUCGAUAAAUAUAUAUAUAUAUAUAUACCGGU